AAACUUCACACAUAUCCUCUGCCUUCUUAUCUCUUCUUUCUUUCUUUCUACUUUCUUCUUCUCUGUCAAACUAGACCUUGAACUAGGAACUCAAGCUUACCAAUCUUCCAUCGAUAUCUGUUCUUCACACGAAAAGAUCUAGUAAUUGAGUGAACUAAUAGAGAUGAGAUCAAGAGAAUGCGAUGAAGAGGAGUCUCAUCAAGCAAAGCAAGAAAGAGAUCAUAAUCACAAUCAUCAAGUAAACUUAAACAACAUGUUGGAGCAGCAUAAUCAGCCUAGCUCGGUAUCAUCAUCGAGGCAAUGGACGUCAGCUUUUAGGAAUCCAAGAAUCGUCCGAGUCUCAAAAGCGUUUGGUGGUAAAGACAGGCACAGCAAAGUAUGCACAGUCCGUGGCCUAAGAGACCGUAGGAUAAGGUUGUCCGUACCAACAGCGAUUCAGCUUUACGACCUUCAAGAUAGAUUAGGGCUGAGUCAGCCAAGCAAAGUCAUUGAUUGGUUACUCGAAGCAGCAAAAGAUGACGUCGACAAGCUCCCUCCUCUACAAUUCCCACAUGGGUUUAACCAAAUGUAUCCAAAUCUCAUCUUCGCAGAAUCAUCAUCAACAUCAGCAUUUCCAGCAUUUCCAGGUACUAAUCUUGGGUUCUUGCAAAGUUGGGAUCUUGGUGGCUCCUCUUCAAGAACAAGAUCAAGAAUCACGGAAACUACAACAACACCGAGAGAGAGUUUUGAUCUUGAUAAAGGGAAGUGGAUCAAACAAGAUGAGGACAGUAAUCAUCAAGAACAUGGGUUCGACAUGAACCAUAACCAUUUCUCUCUGACCAAUCCUUACAACAACAACAAUACUUCCUGUUACUACAACCUCGGACAUCUUCAACAUUCGUUAGACCAAUCUGGUAAUAACGUUACUGUCGCAAUAUCCAAUGUUCCUAAUAAUAACAACAAUAAUCUCAAUCUGCCUCCUCCGGCAAUGAGCUCUCUAUUUCCUACGUAUCCGUCGUUCCUCGGAGGUUCUCAUCAACAUCAUCAUGUCGUUGAUGGAGCUGGGAAUCUUCAGCUAUUUGGCUCCAAUGCCAAUACAGCGUCGCAGCAACAGAUGAUGACGGGUAACUCAAGUUUAAUUAGACCGCUUCAUCAUUUGAUGAGCUCGAAUAAUCAUGAUAUGGAUCGUCAUAGUAGUGACAAUGAUUCACAUUCAUGAAAGCUUCAUAAAUUUAAACUAUACAUACAUAUGUUACAUGCAUACGUAUUCUUCUAUAUUAUAUUUAUAUUUUCUGUAUUGUUGGAUUGGAUUAUAUAAUAUGUAUAUAGAAUUUCAAUAA